GAUUCUGUUUUCCAAAAACGUAGAAGAACCCAAAUCUGUUUCCUGUUCCAUGAUUGCUUCUAGGGUUUUCUCUUCGUUGCCCAAUUCCCACCACCGCCUCUCCUUCUGGUGGUUUUCUUUGCUCUUUACGGUGGCGGUUGCUGCAGAAGAGACUCCGAUCACUCGUAUCGCCUUCGGCUCAUGCGCUAACCAAAGCGCUCCACAGCCAAUAUGGGAUGCUAUAAACAAGUUUGAUCCGCAACUGUUCAUUUGGUUGGGAGAUAACAUCUAUGGAGAUAUUAGAAGACCACUUAGAGUCAUUGGGAAAGAGAGAACCUUUGGGCCAUGGAAGAAUACACCGAGGUUUGUGCCUUCUUCAGAGGAAGAAAUGAAAUUGAGAUACGCUAAAGCCAAAGCUAAUCCUGGAUAUUCUCAUCUUCAGAGAAAGGUUAAGGUUAUUGGUACUUGGGAUGAUCAUGAUUACGGAUUGAAUGACGCCGGAAAAGAGUUUGAUCGUAAAGUCAUUAACCAAAAACUCAUGCUUGAUUUCUUGGAUGAGCCUCUUGAUAGCCCGAGGAGAAAGCAAGCUGGAGUUUAUGCAUCUUAUACUUAUGGUCCGCCUAAUCGGAAAGUUAAGGUUAUAGUUUUGGAUACUAGAUAUCAUAGAGACCCUUUGCGAAGUGACGGGAGUAUCUUGGGUGAUACGCAGUGGGACUGGCUCGAAAAAGAACUGAGAGGUCCGCGGAGCGAAAUCACUAUCAUUGGAUCAUCUGUUCAGGUGAUAUCAAAUCUUUCUGCUACCACUGGACCACUCUUUUAUAUGGAAUCAUGGGGCCGUUUUCCGAAGGAAAGGAAACGUCUUUUCAAACUGAUAUCAGACACUAAGAGAAAUGGAGUUAUAUUCAUCAGUGGAGAUGUUCAUUUUGGAGAAAUCACGAGAUACGAUUGUUCUGUUGGGUACCCAUUAUAUGAUGUCACCUCCAGUGGUCUAGUACAAUCUGUUGAGAAAGUUUUCCCUCGUCCCUUGCGUUCCAUCUUUAGGCUUCUAUUUUGGUAUACCCCAAGCACGAUGAGAGUUAUCAAUGAUAACUGCAAAUUCAAAUCAUGCACAUACGGACAACAAAAUUUUGGAGCGAUAUCUAUAGAUUGGAAUGCAAAUCCGGUUAUCAUAAGGCUCGAGAUCAGAGAUGUUAACGGACACACAGUACUAGGCACAAAUGUUUCAUUAUCCGAACUCCAACCAGGAGGUUCGAAUUCUUUGAAAGAUGCAACAAGAAAGGGAAAGUCCCAACGAUAUUGCACACUCGAAAUUGAAUUACCAGGACUGAUCAGAUACAGAUUGGCAGUUCUCAUCUACUUCACCAUUGCUGUCUUGGCAAUGGCGAUAUUAGGACUUAUCAUUGGAGGUGUAUUGGCCAUAACAGCAUGCGUUUAUAAAUGCAAGGUCGAUUGAUUGUUGACUUGUUCUGGUAAAUGACUUUAGUCACUUUUUUUGCUCCAACAAAAGUGUCUUUAUGAC